AUGGAUUUGUCUAUGCCACUAAAUCAUAAUGUGUUGGUGGAAAGAGAAGGAUUUACGUUUUUCUCUGAUAUUGAGUACGAGAGCUUACCAACAUUCUGUGGGCAUUGUAGAAAAACGGGACAUGUGGUUCAAGAAUGCAAAAUGCUUGGUCUUCAUCAGGCUAGUGGUAUCCCAAAGAAUCAGAAGGUUGGUUUUGGUUUUCAAUGCAUUAAUUCUCAGAAUUUUGCAGUUCAGGCCCCUGAAGAAUCAGAAUCAUCUAUGUCAGCUUUCGUGGAUGCAACGCAGGAUAUACCCGAUAGACAUAUUGAAGGCUUUUUACAAAGUUCGUGGGACAAUAUUGCUAAAUUACCCAAACCAGAUGGUGUUUUCUCAUCUGCAGUUGCAGGUCUCAAAAAGUAA